AUGCUUCUACUCUCUUCCCUCGAACACACCAAAUCACCACGUCCAUCCAUCUUCCUGAACGCUUAUCUCUUUAUCGCCACUCUCCUGGAUAUCUCGCAGACUAGAACCAUAUGGCUGGCAUCCUCGAAUCAUGACGAGCUCAACUACGCUAGCAUCUUCACUGUUGGCGUAGCUAUCAGGGCUCUUCUUAUUGUGCUCGAAUCCCAAUCCAAGUCAAGAUGGAUUCUGCAAUGGGAAAAAGGUGCCCACAGUCCCGAGGAAACAGCAGGUCUCUACGGUCUUGGUGCAUACUUCUGGCUCAACAAACUGUUUUUGAGGGGAUAUCGAGGUGUCCUCACCAUUGAUGAUCUCUUCCCCUUAGACCAUAAUAUCGCUUCUGCCAAGCUGUACGCUGAAGCUGGUCAUAAUCUCGAGGCUACAAAGCUGGGAAAGCGGCAGCACGGACUGGCAAAGGCAGUCAUGAAAGCUUUGGCUGUGUCCUUUUUGUUGCCCGUCGGACCUCGUAUUGCGUUCGGGGCCUUCCAGCUUUGCCAACCUUUCCUCAUCGAAACACUCCUGGGAUACCUUGAACAGCCCGUCGAAAUGAGUCCGAAGAACAUUGGAUACGGAUUGAUCGGCGCGGGACUCCUUAUCUAUGUCGGUAUGGCAGUGUCAUCAGCUUUUUACUGGUACUUUCAAGAACGCGCCAUGUACAUGACCCGCGGCCUACUUGCCGCUGCCGUGUACAGAAAGACAACCGAAGCCAGAAUCUCAGCUGCCGACGAUUCGGCCGCCCUCACCUUGAUGAGUGCCGAUAUCGAACGCGUUUUGGUCGGAUGCUUGGAGAUGCACGAGUUUUGGGCCAACAUGGUCGAGGUCGUCUUUGCCUGCUGGUUACUGUCCAGGAAAAUCGGGGUUGCCUUCACCGCCCCUGUCAUUAUCGUCGGCGUGUGUGUUGUCUGCUCCUUCUUCCUUGCCAAGCUUACUGGCCCUAGGCAAAAGGCUUGGAUGGAGAGGAUACAAAAGCGAGUAGGGCUCACCACGAACAUGAUCACACAGAUGAAGCACCUCAAGAUAUCUGGCCUCUCGGCUCCAGUUGAGGAGUCGAUUCAGGCCAUGAGGGUGGACGAGCUCGGGGCUGGGGCAAGAUUCCGGAUCGUCCAGGUUUAUGCAGCGGCAGUGGGUUACACUCCGUUGUGCCUUUCCCCUGUUGUAACCUUUGCCUUUGCCUCCAGGACAUUAGAUGUGACUACGAUCUUCACGUCCAUUUCCUACAUUCUGCUGUUGGCCAACCCUCUGGGAUCACUGUUCCAGCAUAUCCCAAGUUUCCUGGCGGCCUUGACGUGUCUGAAUCGCAUUCAGACUUUUCUGGCACAAGAUUAUCGCACCGACUUUCGCGAGUCCGAGAUCCUUAUGGACCGCAGUGCCAGCUCACCCACGUCAAAGCUGAGUUCGGAAAGUGUUGAGGUUCACGCCGACCCCGGCCUUGAGAUCACGGAUGGCAAGUUUGGUUGGGACAACGACAAAACUGCUCUUCAUGAUAUCGAUAUCCGCAUCCCACACUCCAGUUUGACCAUCGUCAUUGGGCCCGUGGCUUCUGGCAAGUCGACGCUCUGCAAAGCUUUGCUGGGCGAAGUGCCUGUAUUUGGAGGUAAACUUCAUGUGGCAAGCCGCUUCCGCAAAAUUGGGUAUUGCGACCAGACCCCUUACCUCUCGAACGCAACAAUCAGGGAGAACAUCAUUGGCUUCGACGCCUUCAAUCAAGAACGAUUUGACGAAGUCGUUGAAGCUACCGUGCUUCGCCAAGACCUCGAACUUCUGCCCCAAGGUGACGAGACCAAUGUUGGAAGCAACGGGAUAUCCCUGAGUGGAGGACAGAAGCAAAGGGUGUCGAUGGCCAGAGCUUUGUAUACGGACUCGAAGUUGUUGGUUUUUGACGACAUUCUCAGCGGCCUGGACGCUGACACGGAGGAACAAGUGUUUCGCCGUGUCUUCUCCCCGGAUGGCUUGUUACGUCGGAGAGGAGCUACAGUUGUCCUUUGCACCCACUCCAUCCGACACCUACCAUCGGCAGACCAUAUCGUCGCACUGGGUUCAGAUGGCAGGAUUGUCGAGCAGGGGACCUUUCAGGAGCUGAUGAAGAAUGACAUGUACGUCAACAGCUUGGGUGUCCAGGAGUGCGAUGCCGCAAGCUCGAAGGAGGAUUUGGCAGUACAGGAAAAACCAGGUCUGAGCACGACUCUGAAGAUGACCCCGAAUAAGGUCACAGCCUUCAGCCCAGAAGCGGACAAGACGAGGGCAACGGGCGACUUUACGAUAUACCGGUAUUAUCUCGCUCGCCUCAACCUCUUUGGCGUUAUUGUCUUGAUCAUGGCAGGCUUCGGCUGGGGUUUCUGCAUCAACUUCUCCACAAUCUGGCUGAAGUUCUGGUCAGAGGAUGUCGCAUCGCCUCAGCCACAGCGGUCCAAUGCGUUCUACAAUGGAUUAUACGCGCUUUUCCAGUUGGGUGCACUGAUGUCUCUGUUCCUUUCGGCUUUGGUGGUCUUUACCUCCAUGAUCACAAUAUCAGGGGCUAGACUCCAUCUCGAAACGCUUCGAACGGUCAUCAACGCGCCUCUCAAGUUCUUUACGACAACCGAUACUGGUAUCGUGACCAACUUGUUCUCACAGGAUAUGACUUUGGUCGACGGGCAGCUUCCCAUGGCGCUUGUCAAUCUCAUACUGUACAUCUUCAACUGCCUCGGAAUGGCGGCAGUGGUUGCUACGGCGUCCCCUUAUCUGGCCGUUGCUUACCCGUUCCUGGCGGUGGUCUUGUACGGGAUUCAAAAGUUUUAUCUGCGGACGUCGAGACAGAUCCGAUUGCUGGAUUUGGAGGCCAAGAGCCCGCUCUCCCACUUUAUCGACACGAUCAAAGGUCUCGCUACAUACCGCGCCUUUGGCUGGGUGCCUGAGUCUGUCAAGAAGAAUGACAUCCUCCUCGACACUUCUCAGAGACCGGCGUAUCUCCUAGCCAUGAUCCAGCGCUGGCUGGCUUUUACGCUGCAGAUUGUUGUUGCUGUGCUGGCAGUGGCGGUGAUCACCCUGUCGACGCAGAUGCGCACGAAUACUGCGUUUACUGGAGCCAGUUUGGUGACGCUGAUGAUCUUUGGGGAGGCGUUUUCGUACAUUAUCAGGUUUUACACGAUGUUGGAAACGUCGAUUGGUGCUGUCAGUCGGUUGAAGGCGUUUGGGGAGACGGUUAGGAGUGAGAAUAGGGAGGGAGAGGAUUUGCUGCCGGGGGAGGAGUGGCCCGCCACUGGGGAUACUAAUAAGACAGUUGUCCUCUACUUACAGUCAUGA